AUGAAGUCCAACCUCGACCUUGUGAAUGACACCGAUGGCUUUCCAUACGAAGACGGCCCCAUCACCGUCAACGGCCAGGGCCUCUUCACCCUUCUCUGGCACGACGCCGACGGCGACUACGCCAUCGGCUACGUCCUGGACCGCGUUGUCGAUGAGCUUGCCCGGCUCCCCGCGUCUCUCACGGGCAACAUGCAGGCGGACCGCGCGGCGCGCACCCUCCGCAUGUUCCAGGACCUCGCCACGGAGCCCUCGCGCACCGCCGCCGUCGCGGCGCUGACGCAGCACCUGCGCGAGCACGACACGUUCCCGCUGCUCCGGGGCUGGCGCGACGAGCUCUGGCCGGUUCAUGGGCGGCGUGGCGAGCUGCUCUUCAGCGUGGAGCGCGCGGCCGUAGGCCUGUUUGGCGCGGUGCGCUAUGGUGUGCACCUGACGGCGUACGUCGAGGACCCGUCGGCGGUGCCGCACGGCAUCCGCAUAUGGGUGCCGCGCCGCGCCGCGACCAAGUCGACGUUUCCCGGCAUGCUGGACAAUACGGUCGCGGGCGGGCUGACAACGGGCGAGGAGCCGUUUGAGUGCGUGGUGCGCGAGGCCGACGAGGAGGCGAGCCUGCCCGAGGCGGUGGUACGCGCGGACACGCGGCCCGUCGGCGCGCUGACGUACAUGUACGUGACGGACGGGCCCGGCAACGGCGAGGCGGGCUACGUCUACCCCGAGGUAGAGUGGGCGUACGACCUGCGGCUGGACAAGGACGUGGUGCCGCGGCCCAAGGACGGCGAAGUCGAUGAGUUUUAUCUCUGCGACGUGGACACCAUCAAGCGGGACAUGGCGCGGGGCGAGUACAAGCCAAACUGCGCCCUGGUGAUGCUGGACUUCUUCAUCCGGCGUGGGAUCCUGACGGAGGAGGAGGAGCCGCAGCUAGCGGAGAUUCAGAGGAGGAUGCACAGGGAGCUGCCGUUUCCGGGGCCGCAUUGGAGCCAUUGGCGCAGCAGUGCAUGA